CCAUCCUCUGUAGCAGCACUUCAGCUCCAGCGGUCCCCCUUUCUUUUAUAGAGUCGGUUCUGAAUCGAGAUAAUCUCAUCCCAGCGCAAAGCCCUCCCUUGCCUGAGCAGCUGGACUCUUUCUGCUCUCACAAGCAGAGCCUCCUCCUCCUCCCUACUCCCUCCUCACUUGUCGAGUUUCGGCAACCAAAUAUUCCAAUAUUAUUAAAGAAACACACCAAGCGGAGUGUUAUGGGAGCGGAUUUAACAAGUGUUUUCUGGAGCAAGGAGAAACAGCAGAGGUGAGAUGACACCCCACACAAGGCAAUAGCUCUGACAGCCAGUGUAUCAGUUUGGGUUUGCUUCACUCCCCAAGAAUCUCUUUUUUCUUUUUCUUUUUUGUCCUCUUUUAUUUUUAUUUUUUGGUGACAUCUGUACCAAGUCAAAAAACCAGACUCUUUCGAGAGUGCCAAGUCUUUACUGAGAUUCCAGAACCAAGCACUUGAGUUUUUUUUUUUCUUCAUCGCCUGGAGCUGUACCAGCAGCCUCACAUCGCACUGCUUUGCAAGUUGGCAGCUCUUCUCACUUUGAGUCAAGAUGAAUGAUGUUGAUGAGGCCACCUCCCCUGCGACCAGCCUAAGCGGCCCGGCUACAUGUGUCUCCAAAGUGGAACUGCGUGUGUCUUGCAAAUCCCUGCUGGAUCGAGACACUCUGAAUAAGUCUGACCCCUGCGUUGUACUCAUGGUCCAGAACAAUGGGCAGUGGAUAGAGCUGGACAGGACAGAAGUGAUCAAGAGCAACUUGCAUCCAAUUUUCGGGAAGGUUUUCUGUCUGGAUUACUACUUUGAGGAGGUGCAGAAGCUGCGGUUUGAAGUCUACGACAUCCAUGGCACUCACAGUAUUGGGACUCGAGACGACGACUUUCUUGGCGGAAUGGAGUGCACUCUUGGACAGAUUGUAGCCCAGAAGAAGAUGGUGAAGCCUUUGCUGCUGAAGUACGGGAAAUAUGCGGGCAAAUCCACUAUCACAGUGCACGCUGAAGAAAUUUCUGGCAAUAAUGGGUAUGUGGAGCUCUUUUUCUGUGCCAAGAAGCUUGAUGAUAAGGAUCUCUUUAGCAAGUCAGACCCUUUUUUGGAAAUCUUCAAAAUCAAUGAUGAUGGAACUGAGCAGCUCGUCCACAGAACGGAGGUGAUUAAAAACAAUCUGAAUCCAGUGUGGGAGCCCUUCAAAGUCUCACUCAUGUCUCUGUGCAGCUGUAAUGAGGACCGGAAGCUCAAGUGCCUAGUGUGGGAUUAUGACUCCAGGGGGAAGCACGAUUUCAUCGGCGAGUUCUACGCCACUUUCAGGGAAAUGCAGAAAAUUUCCAGUGGAAAUAAGGUGACAUGGGACUGUGUGAACCCCAAAUACAAGCAGAAGAAGAGGAAUUAUAAAAAUUCAGGGGUUGUCAUCCUCAACGACCUCAAGCUCCACAGAGUGUACUCCUUCUUAGAUUACAUCAUGGGAGGAUGCCAGAUUCAUUUUACGGUUGCCAUCGACUUCACAGCCUCCAACGGAGACCCGAGGAACAGCUGCUCAUUGCACUACAUCAACCCCUACCAGCCUAACGAGUACCUGAAGGCUCUGAUAGCCGUCGGUGAGAUCUGUCAAGACUAUGACAGCGAUAAGAGAUUUUCCGCUUUGGGAUUUGGUGCCAGAAUUCCCCCAAAUUAUGAGGUAUCACAUGAUUUUGCCAUCAAUUUCAACCCAGAAGAUGAUGAAUGUGAAGAGAUCCAGGGAGUGGUUGAGGCUUACCAGAACUGCCUUCCAAAAAUCCAGCUGUAUGGUCCCACAAAUGUUGCUCCCAUCAUUAACAGAAUAGCCAAGCUGGCAGCAGGCGAUGGCAACAUUAAAGAUGCUUCUUGUUACCACAUCCUGCUCAUCCUCACUGAUGGUGUGGUGACAGACAUGGCGGACACUCGUGAGGCCAUUGUGCGAGCCUCUUACCAGCCUCUCUCCAUUAUCAUCGUCGGUGUGGGGAAUGCCGACUUCACAGACAUGCAGAUUUUGGACGGCGACGAUGGAGUGCUCCGCUCACCAAAGGGCGAGCCGGUUCUCAGGGACAUUGUUCAGUUUGUGCCCUUUCGAGACUUCAAAACGGCUUCACCUGCAGCCUUGGCCAAGUGUGUUCUGGCAGAAGUGCCCGGCCAAGUAGUCGAGUACUUCAGCCAUAAGGCCAUCUCCCCUAUGAGCCCGAUGAGGGAACUACUGAGCCCCAUCCUGAGCCCACUCGCCACCACUCCAACAGAAUAGCUGCCUGGCCUGCUUUUAUGACCAAGCUUUUGAGCCUGCCGCCAGUCCAGCGGACUGAAAGCGGGAGAGGAUGUACGCCUCUCUUCUUUGGACAAGCACUGAAGAGAAAAUCCCUGUCAAUGUGUCGUUACUGAUUUCAUUUUUCACUCUAAGAAAAAAUGUUUACACAGAGACGAGAUUGCAGAUAUUGCGGGGUAUCUUUUUGCGCUCGGUUGGAUUAAGCACCCCCCCCCUUCAGCCGGACUUUCUAGAUAGUUCAGCAUUUUAAGCGCUAGAGAAAUAGGUCUCAAAGCUCCCCUUCCCCAUUCAGUAUUGAUGCAUGCACACCAUUUUACUUUGUGCUGAUCUACUGAAUUGAUAUAGGUUUAUUUUUUCCUCUGCUGCUCAUGAAGAUUCCCCUACAUAUUAUGUGUGCCUCUCGUUAUGUAAAUUGUUCCGAUAAUUUCUAAGUACGCUGCAAUUAGAUUGUUUGAGCUCACAAAAUUUAGUCAAGACAAAUUAAUUACAUAGAUGCCACAAGUUAAUGAUCAGACCUAAAAAUAUAUUCACACAUCCCCUUCCUGUCAGUCUUUCUGCCUGCGGGAAUGGCCUUCUUUUGAAACCCAACUUGUCUAAACCCUUUUAAAUCAUCACUUCAAAUCCAACACAAAAGAUUUCCUGACUGUAAAUGUGUAGUUAAAGUCAUCGAUUCCUAAAACGUAAAUGAAACGCUUCUGCUUUUGUCACAAAUUAAGAGCCUGCCUUUGCAAACGGCUGUUCCUGACGGCUUUUCCACUCAACAGCAAAGACAAAACAGGGGGUUGAUUGCAAUAGGUGAGGGUGUGAAAAACAAAACUGCAGCCUGUUCAACAAUAUUAUUUAAAUAACACUGAAGAAUCAAUGCCAAAAUAAUCAGGGGACUAGAAAGAGACACAUCUUGUGUGCAGAUCAUCAUGUCACCCUUCAAUUAUAACGCCACCAGUCUGCACCAUUUCAUAUGGAUUUUGCUAUUUUUUAGUGUUUUUUCCCAUAUGUAGCUGGAGGCUAAAAAGUUUGUCGUUACAAAACAAAACAGCAAAAAACAAGCUGAAACAAAGAUUUUCUAUGACUACUGAUGGAACCCAAUAUCCGGUCCUUUGUCGAGUGGCAAUGGUGUAAGCUGUGAAAAUCCUGCCUCCUGUCAGUCCCUCAGCCAGCCAUCCCGCAGGUGAAACCGCUCAUGUUUUCUGCUGUAAAUUUAAUUUCUGUAAAUAUUCUGCCUUUUUAUGUUUAUUGCUUUUAUAUGCAAAACAAUUGUAUGAGAUGUUUUACGAGACUCUCGUUCUGGGAGAAGCGUAAAAAAACAAGGGAAAGCACAGAUCAUGCUGUAAACAAACAUGCCAAAACAUUGAACCACAUUUACAUUUGACUUUUUCAAUGUGAUUAUUGUCAUAUUUACAGUGUUUCUUAAAACCAAAUGACAACUAAAGCUUUUCCCAUGAAUAUAGUGCUGUGUAAAUACAUUCAUUUUCAAGUAUCUCUUGACUGAAGGGUGUCUGUGUACUAGUGAAUAAAUAGAGAUACCCUGGAUUGGGCUCCUCUGUUUAGUGUAACAUGAGCCAGAAAUAUCUAUACUGCUAUUUUCUAUUGUAUAUAUUUAAGUGAAUGUUGGCAUCUAAGUUGAGUAGUGCAGAGAGUUUGUUUUUGAGCUAUAAUUAACUGCAUUUUUUACAGAAUGUGGGCAAGGCCUAUAAGAACAAGAAAGAAAAAGCCAAGUAAAAUGUUUUUAUUGCAAUGUUUUCAAAGUCCAGACAGCUAUUCAAAUGUGUGUCACUGUUUAAGUGGAAACCAAAACUAUUUUUUUUCUGGCACAAACGUUUCCUAAAUACAAACUGAAAUUGAAGUGUUAAUGACCACUUUUUUAUUUGUUUAACAUUUAUCAUUAUUACUUGAAAAGAGAAUCUAUUGUGCUUUAUGCAAAUUUGUUUACUAAAAUUAAAGUAAACUGUGGAAAGAAUAUAUACAAUUCCUGUGGCUAACAUUUAACACGAAUGACUUUUAAAUAAUUCUGACAGAUUAGAUUUUUUCGUCUUGUAAGUCAAUUUGUUGCAUAUAAAAAUGUAUUUGUACUACAAAUGACUUCGGACUGUAACCGAGCCACUUUAAGCUGUCACUGCCAGUAAACACAAGUAUCAAGUACUUAUAAAUGUUCCCCCUCAGCUGCAAAAGGUUCUAUGGUUGUGAUGUAUUUUCCGGCCCAGACAUCGGCCCUUACUGACAGGGUCGAAACACAGCUACCUGUGCUGUCUAAACCCCUGCAACGAUCCGCUGAGGAGGAUUCCUCUGUCACCGUGGAUCACAGACAUCUAUUGAUUUAGCAGACCUGUAUUGGAAGCUAUAAACUGUUUUACAAAUGUAAAUAUUCCUAGAAGGAAUCUUGUUUCAAUUGAAGUUCAGGCUCACAUUUGAGCUGAGCAGGAAUGACCCAAAAACAAAAAAGCAUCACUUAACUGUUAUUUAUUAAGGUCCCCUGUCUGGGUUAGCAUUUUGUUAUUAUGUACUGUAGAUAGCUUCCCUUUAAACAUGUACAAUGCAAAAACGUGGAAAGAUACGAUUGUUAUAACAACAAAAAGGUCAUUUUUAUUCAUGCAAUUCCUUAUUUUGGUUGCAAACAUUUUUUAAACAUCUGCAAAUAUUUAUUCCAAGCAGUCAGUGUCUAAAGAGCAUUAGCGCCCCAUGUGCACUUUGUGCCUUGCACUGUUCUUCUCCCCUCUGUCAUUCAUAUUGCUUUACCAGUUUGCCUCGGGUCAUGAUCUGCAGCUGCUCAAAAUUGAUUAGUUUACUGAUUUACAAUUUCUUCAUGGGAUCUGAUUGCUUAACUGAUAGAUCACUCACUUGAAGCAUAGGAAAUAUUUUAUAUGUUACUCUUACAUUAAUAAUAAUAUUAAUAAUAGGCAUGCUUUUCUUAAAAUUUGCUCUGACAAAAAUUCCUUUCACAUAAUUUUAAUGUUUUUUUUUCCCCCAACAUUCAAGUCUUCAUGCUGCUUCUAUUUUAAAUGACUGAAAUUUUGCUGAUUAAUAAAAUGCAUAAGUUAUUAGGUUAAUUAAUGGAAACUUACAUGUAUCUGUUAAUUAAUUCCCAAAUUAUUAUUUUUUUCUUGUGUAAUUUGAUUAUUUAGUAACUAUAUUUAUUGUGAGAACCCAUCUUUGGUACCAUGUCAGUGCAAGAAAGAGUGAGCUAAAAAAAAAAAAACUCAGUGGGGUCCAAAGCUCAUGAGGCCAUUUUACAUAUUUAAAAAUAAUUAGAUGCAUAUUUAAAAAAAGAAGAAUCCACUGUUGCUCAUCCUUUUCUGCGUGACAUCCUUGAAUUUCUAAGGUUUUCCACUAACUUAUGUGAACACAAGUUUCCCUGUUUCUGUUGGGCCAUUCAUUGGUAACCAAAAUGAGGCUGUUAGUCAAUGCCCCUUUAUGCAACUGGCGUAGCUGCAAGCUGUGUGGGUAAAAGAGAAGCCCAUGCAUCGUUUGACUUCUUCUAACAGAAGAAAGGGAUUUAUUGCAUGCUUAUUUUGAGUGUUAAGCUGUGCUGUGCAGUCACUCCUCUGGAUUUUAUGAUAUGCUAAUAUGCACGCCUGCAUUUGCACAAAACUCUGCUCCUGUAGUUUAAGCUUUCUGUCUUGCAAUGGGGUAAAUAAAUCUCAUCAUUAAACUUAAA